CACUAAUAGUCGGCCGCCAUGGCGAGCCCAGGCAAAAUACGCAACCGAAAGCCAUUUAGCACUCCACGCUCAGACAGCUACGACCAGGAUGACGAGGACCAUGUCCACGCAGUGUACCAACGACCAACAGCUCGGAGCGCGUUUGAGCAAGCGUUAGACACCCCAAAAGCAAGUGUUGCUGUCGUUGGCGUCCUUACCGCGCUUGCCUUUGCGCUACGAUUCUACAAAAUCAAUCACCCUGACCAAGUGGUCUUCGAUGAAGUGCAUUUUGGCAAAUUUGCCUCGUACUAUAUUCUCCGCCAGUACUACUUCGACGUCCACCCACCAUUCGCAAAACUACUUUUUGGACUGGCUGGAUGGUUUGUUGGGUUCGAUGGCCAUUUUACCUUCGACAACAUCGGUGACAGCUACACGGAAAACCACGUCCCGUAUGUUGGCAUGCGGGCUCUACCCGCUAUCCUCGGUAGCCUUACUAUUCCUAUUAUCUACGCAAUCAUGAAGGAGACCGGCCAUUCCACCAUUAUCGCAGCCUUCUCGGCAUGUAUAGUUCUCUUUGACAACGCACACGUCGCGCAGUCGCGCCUCAUCCUCCUGGACGCCACGCUCAUCUUCUUCAUGUCUUUAACGAUCUACUCAUACAUCAGGUUCCGCAAGCUACGCUACUGGGAGUUUUCCGUGGAGUGGUGGAGUUGGUUGAUUGCCACCGGCUUUUUCAUGGCUUGCGCCUGGGGUUCGAAAGUAAAUGGCAUCCUGACGGUACUCACGAUUGGAGUCGCUGUUUUAAUAGACUUAUGGGACAUUUUGGACAUAAAGAAGGGCCACACCUUGGAACAUUUCUGGAAGCACUUCCUCGCCCGUGCUCUGGGUUUAAUUGUGGUCCCUUUCAUUAUCUACCUCUCAUUCUUUUACGUUCACUUCGCCGUCCUCACCCAUUCUGGCCCAGGCGAUAGUUUCAUGAGCCCUGCGUUCCAGGAGACUCUCAUAGGCAACGAGUUGCUGAUGCACAGUCAAGAGCUUCACUAUUACGACGUGAUCACCUUGAAGCACAGAGACACCAAAGUCUUCUUGCACUCCCACCCGGAUAGAUAUCCCUUGCAGUAUGACGACGGGCGUAUCAGUAGCCAAGGUCAACAGGUUACCGGUUAUGGUUACGAAGACGCCAACAACCACUGGCAGAUCAUCCCUACAAAGGCACUCCCUGAAGCUGGUCGCGGUCGUGUUGUUCAGCAUGAAGACACCAUCCAACUGCUGCACAUGAACACACAGACACUAUUGCUCACACAUGACGUUGCGUCACCUUUGAUGCCCACAAACCAGGAGUUCACUACGUGGCCAAAAGAUGAUCACUCUCGCCACAACGAUACUUUAUUCUACCUCGAUCUGAUCGACGGUAAUGCUGGUGAUGCCUGGAAGAGCAAGUCAGGACACUUUAGGCUCAUUCACGUUCCCACCAAAGUGUCCAUGUGGACACACACCAAGCAGCUCCCUGAAUGGGCUUUCAAGCAGCAGGAAAUUAACGGAAACAAAAACGCCGUGGAAAAAUCUGCAACUUGGUAUGUUGAUGAAAUCGUUUCUACUGAUGGUAACAACAUCGAUCUUGCCGAAAUUAACACCCCUAAUGAGCCGAAGAAACUUGGCUUCUUCCGAAAAUUCGGAGAAUUGCAACUUCUCAUGCUUCAACACAAUGCUGGUCUCACCGCCUCCCAUCCCUAUGCCAGCAGCCCUAUCAACUGGCCCUUCCUUAUUAGCGGCAUCAGCUUUUGGACUGAAAACGACACCCAAAAGCAAAUCUAUCUGAUUGGCAAUGCUGUUGGAUGGGCAAUAUGUGUCAUCUUUAUUGCCAUUUAUGUUGGCAUCAUCGGUGCUGAUGUUGUAGCUCGGAGGCGAGACAUAGAGGCCAUCCCUGAGCACAUACGCAACCGUUUGUGGAAUUCGGCUGGAUUCUUCUUGCUCAUUUGGGCAGUCCACUAUCUACCAUUCUUCCUCAUGAGCCGCCAGCUCUUCAUUCACCAUUAUCUACCUUCCCACCUUGCAUCAGCACUACUGGCCGGCUCAGUACUGAACUUUAUUCUCUCAGACACUAUUAACUUCCCUAUAUCUGUCGCUGGACGAAGAACUCACAUGCGACCCUCUGAAUUUGCGGACUUGGGGGCCAAGGGACCUGUAGUCGUGGGCGUAUUCGCGGUUAUCAUGUUUGCGGUGUUCGUCUUCAUGGCCCCCCUUACUUUCGGGACACCUGGCCUCGAUGGUGAUGCAGUGAAUUCGAAACGUCUUUUGUCCUCGUGGACGCUACACUUCGCUGCCAAGAAUACGUGAUCGUGCCUUAUGCAGCGUGGACUUAUUUUAUGUAUCGUGUGGUGUAAAUAGCUGGAUAUCUUCAGAGCGCCCAGAAAGACCUA